AUGGACCAGCUGAAGCAGCUUCACGCCCAGAUGAUUGUUUCUGCCGUCGUCACCGCUGAUGCCUAUGUUGUCAGCCGCUUGCUCUUCUCUUGCGCCCUCUCCCCCUUCGCCGACCUUUCCCACGCUUCCAGAAUCUUCCGGUCCACACCCCACCCCAACUCCUUUAUGUGGAAUAUCCUCAUCCGCGCCCAGCCCCACGCGCUCCACGCGCUCUCUCUCUACCUCGCCAUGCGCCGCAGCCGCGUCCUCCCCGGUAAACACACCUUCCCCUUCCUCCUCAAAGCAUGCUCCCAAUUGCGCAACCUUCCCGCCUGCAAACAGCUCCACGUCCACGUCAUGAAGUUCGGGUUGGCUUCCGAUUUGCACGUGGCUAACGCUUUGGUCCGGUGUUACUCGGUUUCGGGAAAUUGGAUUGAUGCCCGUUUCUUCUUUGAUGAAAUGACCGAAAGAAGUCCGAGUCUUUGGACCACUAUGAUUUGUGGGUACACUCAGAAUUUCCGCUCCAAAGAGGCUUUGCAGCUUUUCAGUGAGAUGGUUGGGGCGGGCUUUGAGCCCGGUGGUGCCACCCUGGCUUCGGUAUUGUCUGCGUGUGCCCGGUCAGGUUAUCUCAAGUUUGGGGAAAGGAUUCAUGGCUUUGUGAAGGUGAAAGGGUUUGGACUUGGAGAGGGGGUGAUUCUUGGGACGGCGUUGGUUUACAUGUAUGCCAAGAAUGGGGAGAUCGCAAAGGCUAGGAGGUUGUUUGAUGAAAUGCCAGAGAGGAAUGUUGUUACAUGGAAUGCUAUGAUCUGUGGGUUGGGUGCUCAUGGAUAUGUGGAAGAUGCUCUUGAUUUGUUUGAGAAGAUGAAGAGGGAACAUGUUGUUUGUCCUAAUGGUGUCACCUUUGUUGGAGUUUUGUCGGCUUGUUGUCAUGCUGGCUUGAUUGAUGUUGGUCGUGAGAUUUUUCGUUCGAUGAAGUUGGUGUAUGGAAUUGAGCCGAAGAUUGAACAUUAUGGAUGCUUGGUUGAUCUUCUAGGGAGAGGGGGGAGGUUGCUGGAGGCAGAGGAAUUGGUGAAUGGAAUGCCGUGGAAGGCUGAUGUGGUUAUUUUGGGAGCUUUAUUGGAAGCUAGCAAGAGUAGUGGGAAUAUUGAGGUUGCUGUAAGAAUGGUGAAGGAAAUUCUUGCUCUGGAACCACAAAACCAUGGUGUUCAUGUUGCUUUGUCUAAUAUGCAUGCAGAGGCUGGACAAUGGCAAGAAGUUUUGAGACUGAGGAAGACAAUGAAAGAAGAGAAACUCAAGAAAGUGCCAGGAUGGAGUCUGAUCGCCACAUAG